UCUGGAAAUAACGCUGAGAUUAAAUAAUAACAGAGAGGUAAACCAGAGGAUCGCCAGGGAGGAAUGACAGAGUGGACUGGUGAUAAGGAAAGAAUGAGAGGGGACAGAGAGAGAGAGAGAGCACGAAAGAAGAGAGACGGGGGAAGAGAGAGAGAAAGAGAGAGAGCUACAGGCAGGAGCGAUAGCAGCGUGUGACGGAGCAAAAAGAGGAGAGCAGGACAGAAGGGAAGCGCAUCACGUUUUUCGGAGGGAAUUUCCACCUCAGAUGCGCCCGCUGAUCUAGGACGAGACAAAUGGAGAGAUAUGAGACUUAGACCAAGGCGACUUGGCGGAAGCAGUAUUCUGGUGCUGCCGUCGGGAGAGGGAUGGGAAGCGGCGGAACUUCGCAAGCUGGAAAGCAGGCAUACUGAGGUGGACCAGCGGAAACACCUCGCCGCUCAUUUGUAUCGAUCUGUCUCAGAAUCGCGUAAUUGCGGACCGGCUUGUCGAUUAAAGUAACGUAGCGCCGACAUCUGAAAUAUUGACCUUUAAAGAUAUCGACUAAAUUUACACGCUGGUUGAGCGGCGUUUUGAAGCUUUUUAAACGCAGAUUUAGAUGCAGACAAAAAGGAAUUGGGAAAUACGGACGGUAUAGAGGCUCGUUUUAUAAGUCUUACUGCACUUCGUCUUCAUCGAACAAACAAGUUCCCCGCCACGAGUUGCUCAGCGCCGGCCGCUCGGGAUGUUCGUGUCGGUGUGGUACGCCAAGAAAAUGGGCCGACGUUUUAUCAACAACGUCCGGAAGGCUAAGAAACAACGGCAUCGGAUGAUGGCCAAUUCCCCUCCAGUGGUUGUCAACACGGAGACACUCGAUGGCUCCCCCUACGUGAACGGGACCGAUGGGGAAAUGGAGUAUGAGGAGAUCACACUGGAGAGGGGUAACUCGGGCCUGGGCUUCAGCAUUGCCGGGGGGACGGAUAACCCACAUGUUGGGGACGACCCCAGCAUCUUCAUCACCAAAAUCAUCCCGGGGGGUGCAGCCGCUCAGGACGGCAGACUCAGUGUCAACGACAGCAUCCUGUUCGUGAACGAUGCCGACGUGCGGGAGGUGACACACAGCCAGGCCGUGGAAGCCCUGAAGGAGGCCGGCGCCAUCGUCAGGCUCUACGUGAUGCGAAGGAAACCGUGCUCCGAGAAGGUCACCGAGAUCAAGCUCAUCAAGGGGCCCAAAGGCCUGGGGUUCAGUAUAGCAGGCGGCGUGGGCAACCAGCAUAUCCCCGGCGACAACAGCAUCUACGUCACCAAGAUCAUUGAGGGCGGGGCCGCGCACAAGGACGGCCGGCUGCAGAUCGGGGACAAGAUUCUGGCCGUGAACAAUGUGUGCCUGGAGGACGUGAUGCACGAGGACGCGGUGGGGGCGCUGAAGAACACGGCGGAGGUGGUGUACCUGCGGAUAGCCAAGCCCAGCUCGCUGUACCUGACCAACUCCUACAACCCCCCCGACAUAACCAGCUCAUACUCCCCACAUCUGGACAACGAGGUGGGCCACUCCAGCUACCUGGGCUCGGAGUACCCGCAAGCCCUGACCCCCACAUCCCCGAGCAGGUACUCGCCUGUCAUGAAGAGCAUGCUGGGAGAAGACGAGAUCCCCAGGGAUCCCCGCAGAGUGCUGAUCCACCGCGGCUCCACCGGCCUCGGCUUCAACAUCGUGGGCGGCGAGGACGGCGAGGGCAUCUUCAUCUCCUUCAUCCUGGCUGGGGGGCCCGCCGACCUGAGCGGGGAGCUGCGCAAGGGGGACCAGAUCCUGAGUGUAAAUGGCGUGGACCUGCGCACGGCCACACACGAGCAGGCGGCAGCAGCACUGAAGAACGCCGGGCAGACUGUCACCAUCAUCGCACAAUACAGACCGGAGGAGUACAGCCGCUUCGAGGCAAAGAUCCAUGACCUGAGAGAACAGCUAUUGAACAGUGGGAUGGGCUCAGGAACGACCACGCUGAGGAGCAACACCAAGAGGGGCUUCUACAUCAGGGCCUUGUUUGACUAUGACAAGACGGCCGACUGCGGCUUCCUCAGCCAGGCGGUAGGCUUCCACUUUGGCGAGAUCCUGCACGUGCUCGACUGCGGGGACGAGGAGUGGUGGCAAGCACGGCGCGUCAGCGCCCAGGGGGAGGCUGACGAAGUUGGCUUCAUACCCAGCAAGAGGAGGGUAGAACGGAAAGAGUGGUCUCGGCUGAAGACAAAAGAAAGGGACCGCAGCCGAGACAGUAUAGGCUCCUCUAUAGGGAGAGAGGACACGGUGAAAAGCUAUGAGACUGUCACGCAGGUAGAAGUUCAUUAUGCACGGCCAAUCAUCAUCCUGGGCCCCACGAAGGACAGAGUGAACGACGACCUGUUAUCCGAGUUCCCCGACAAGUUUGGCUCCUGUGUCCCCCACACCACACGGCCCAAGCGGGAGUACGAGGUGGACGGGCGGGACUACCACUUUGUGUCGUCGCGGGAGCAGAUGGAGAAGGACAUCCAGGGCCAUCGCUUCAUCGAGGCGGGCCAGUACAACAGCCACCUGUACGGCACCAGCGUGCAGAGCGUGCGGGAGGUGGCCGAGCAGCAGGGAAAGCACUGCAUCUUGGACGUGUCGGCCAACGCUGUGAGGAGGCUGCAGGCCGCCCAGCUGCACCCCAUCGCCGUCUUCAUCCGGCCCAAGUCGCUGGAGAACGUCCUAGAGAUCAACCCUCGCCUGACUGAGGAGCAAGCUCGAAAAGCCUUUGACCGUGCCAUCAAGCUGGAGCAAGACUUUAUUGAAUGUUUUUCAGCCAUCGUGGAGGGAGACAGCUUCGAGGAGGUCUACCACAAGGUCAAGACUGUAAUCGAGGAGCAGUCUGGUCCCUACAUCUGGGUUCCAGCUCGGGAGAGACUCUGAGACUCCGGCGCUUUGCCCCCUCCAGCCCAAACCGACGUCUGCACCCAUGACUCGCCCAUCUGUCCAUCCCCACCCACGCUCUGAGAGAGAGACGGAGAGAGAGAGUGAGGUGCAGACAGACAGAUACAGAGACAGACUGACAGAGACUGUCUAGCUGUGCAGUGCUCAGAUCCCGCCCCAAAGAAAAGGGAUACCGACAGAGUAAUGGGUCGUGAUCUUACACCCUUCUGGUGAGAAGGAGAAGGAAAAUAAGCAUUUAGGGCGUCGCGGGGACAGACACAUAAGGUGGCUUCGACAGCCCUCAUUCUCCUUCACUGUCCCUCCCUCUGUUCCCCCCCCCAUCUUGUCUGUCCACACCUAGUGGAUCACGCGUCCCCCACCCUCCCCGCCACCCCCUGGCGACGGGACAACCUGAGGCUCUGUGAACAGCUCCCCAAACGGUGACGCGGGAUCCGAUCGUGGACCGUGAAUAAUUAUCAUCAUUAGAUGAGCAAUGGAUUCAGGAAAAAAGAGAAAACAAAAAUAGGGAACUGCCUGGGGGUGUGGGGGGCGAGGUUCUUAAAAUUUAAGAUCCUGGUCUCAGCCCAAUGUGUGAAUAUUUAAAAACUCUGGUGAUUGGGACCCAAGACUCAAAGGUGAAGAAAAUGAGGGAAAAAGAGGAGGAGGAGAGAUGGGGAGGGGGGCAAACGGGAGAAUGAUGGGCAAACAGUGAUGUGUGUCAGUCAGGAGAGAUCCGAUAGGUGAGACUUACUCCUCCCAGCCAAUCACUGGCCUCCUUGCAACACAAAAAAACGACCAUGGCUUACUUUUCACUUAGAGAGCAUCUGUGACUCAAUGGGCAGUCCAUAGCACUGGGGAAGGGGGCACUGAUAACGCGGACAUGGACCCGGUGAUUUAGGGGCUCGCCAUCCCCCAGCCGCCUCGCCCUCCAGCAGCAUCCCGGACCUGGUCUGAGAUCAGCCCCGGAGCCGACCGGCGCGUAACGGCUCCAUUCCUCGCUCCCCCAAAUCAUCCUCCAUGUUUAUCUCUCACCUUCUCUCUCUCCCUCUUUCUUCUGGCCCUCCUUACAUUAAGAAGAAAAAAAAAAACCGCUACGUAGAGACAACAAAUUUAGAUGAAACGACAGAUAUAUGAAUUAAAUGAUAUCUAUAUUUUUAACGAGACUGACCGGCACAGGAUUCCCAGUCCUGUGUAGCGACAUCACAUCGCCUUCAUUCGAUCAUUUCGUUUUGGUUCUUUUCAAUCGCGCCCGAGCCUCGAUCAGACCCACGCCGGCGUUUGCCGCGGCGUUCCUCCAAGGUGUCUCUGGUCCCGAGCCGGUCCCAAGCUCCGGGCUGUCGCCAUGACGAUGGCCGUCUCGGAAUGACAAUGAGCCAGGUCGCACACUUCAGUGCCCUGAGGAGAGACCUUUAUCAUUUAUUAGCAUUUAAUAUUAAGAUUGUAUGAGUCUGAGCUCCCAGCUCUUACUAGCCGUCUUCACAUCAAUAUGCACCAGAUUAUGAAAGUUUAAUGAACGCUUGGUUUUAAAAAGGAAAGAAUUUAUGGAGAGGGUCUCAGCGGAGCUAUGAGCCUAGUACUGGCUCCAGCUUGGCGUCGGUGCAGAUCUCUACCCCCAGCACCGGCUGGUCGGCAGUUCGGCGCCGUGGCUAGAGAAACCUCAGUGCCACCCUGGUGGGGAGGGCGGAUGCAAUCACUAGAACACCACCAUACCUCAAAGGGGGGGGGCUCUCUGUUCCUUGGCCAACAUCGCCCCCAAUCGCCAUCACCCCCACCCACUUUAGCCCCAUUUAAGCUCCACCACCCCCCUCCCAUGCCAUCAAAGACAAAACAUCCCCCCCACCAGUCCUCCAGCCACAAUGUCUGUAUUAGGCUGGUGGCUGAUGACUCACUCUUUCCCUUCCAUGAUUUGGCGAAGUUUCAGACUGUUAAGGAGGAUCCCAGUCGCCUGGUGCGUGUAACUAUGAAGGCAGUGUGUCUCUGGACACCCUGUAGGGAGAAAGCAAGGGUCAUAGGUACCCCCACCCAACACCAAACACACACCUUCACGUAGGAACCAAGCUCCAAACCUCGACCAGGUUGUUCCAGACACGGAAGGAGGCGGUAGGGCGGGAAGAGAAAUCGAGUGCCCUUAAUGAUGAAGCCAAGUCUGGAACCACAGCUCAAUACGGACAGGAGGGGUGCCCGCUUCCACCGGGAAUCGCCGGCAGUAAUGGUGUCUGUGGGAGAACGACUGGAAGUCCUGCAGGAAAAGUGAGACGUGGACAAACAUGAAGCCGCCCGUUUGAAUCUCAUCUCAGCGGAAUGGCUCGCGGACGACGGCACCGGUUCGUUUACUGAGCAAAUUUCUACAAUAACAUCUGAAACGCAGCCGUAUCGUCACGUGCUCUGAAAAUCGAACGCUGCUCUGAUUACAUUCAUCUGUUCAUCUGUCUAUUUAUUUAUUUACGUUGAAUUUACGCUACUCGGCGCUGGGUUCCAGACAGCGCGACAGUUAAACCUUAUUUAUUUCUCAGCCGUUUUUAUUUAUUCGCUCAGCUGCUUGACAGUAUUUGGCCCACGCAGAUGUAAGACUGUGCUAAACUUUGGGGGCUUGAACUCAACUAAAACGAUGUUAAUUGAAACCCGGAGCACAUAUUUCUGGAUCUUUCCACAGGUUUACAGUCGCUGAGGCUCACUCCAUUUACAGAUGGCAACAUCUGAUCUGCGUUCGGUCACCAGAGCAGAUAGUAGAUUGUGUGGCCCAUAGCCAAGUACCUGAGCUGGUGUGUAUGUGUGUGUGAGUGUGUGUCUUUUAUAUGAAUGUUUUAAGGGAUACACAUUUUUGUUCAUCUCUCACACGAACAGUUUCACCCCUCCUUCCAUGACGCUUCUGUGCACACACUCUCACACAGUGGAGUAACCAUUUUAAUUUGCAACCUGUUUAUUUUAUGACUUCAAUAAUUUGGUUGUUUAUUCAUCUCCGUUUCAGUUGUUCGUAUCAUAUCAAAUUCCUGACCGUAAAAAAAGUAUCUACUAGUUUUUAUUAUAACAAAUUAAAACUGACAAACUACAAGAAAAAAAGGAAUAUGAUGCAGACAACCUAUAGAAAGUGUAUUUGAAAUAAUUUAUUCUGCAAGAAAGAGAUUUAAUGAUGAUGACUUAAAUGUUUUAUUUCGACGGAUCGCUUGUUGUAAAUUAGCUACGAAGAUAAAUAAAUGAUAUUUAAAAAUA